UUCAACAGCAAGCUCCCCAACUCAAAGCUGACAUUCUUGCAAGUACUUAUUGAAGUAUAUAUUGAAUUGUGUUGCAAUCAGGUCAUUUAUAUCGUAUAAUGUUUCGACUUUAGUAACAGUUAAUUAAUACUGGGACAUUUUGCGAAAUAGGGGCAAGAUACAGCGUGCGUUUUUUUGUUAGCUGAAGUAGCUAACAAGUCAACGUGAAUAGAGGACAACAUGGUGUAUUCUUUCAUACUGAAAGUUGUGCAGCGUAAUUUGCAUCAAUAUCAAACACUGUCUACGCAAUCCGUUCUGCGAAUAUGUAAACGCAUGCAGAACAAUUUGCACCUUCAGAAACCGUCUACUGCAACAUCCAGACUCAUUUUCUAUAGGACUGCAAAUCGCUCACCUAUUGUGAGCAAUAUAUUUUGUACACGGAGUCGAAGCAUUUCUGUCGACACAAGAUUGAGAAGUAAAGGAGAAGAGAAGGAUGGUGGACAGGUGUCAGUACCUAGGCAAGGAUCUUCUACUGCACAUAAAGUAAAGGAAGCUGGCAAAGACUUUACCUACCUCAUAGUUGUGCUGAUUGGACUCGGAGUAACAGGUGGGUUGUUGUAUGUGGUGUUCCAGGAGCUGUUCUCCUCCUCCAGCCCCAACAAGGUCUACAGCAAAGCCUUCAACAAAACCAGGUUACACCCAGAGGUGAUUGGAGUGUUCGGGGAGCCAAUCAAGUGCUUCGGUGAAACGUCCCGCCGAGGUAGAAGACAGAAAAUCAGUCAUGUGGAGUACAUGAAGGAUGGACUGAAGCACAUGAGACUGAAGUUCUACAUCCAGGGAGAAGAACCAGGCCGGCAGGGAACUGUGCACACAGAAUCUAAAGAGAACCCUGAAACUGGAAAGUUAGAGUUCCGCUACAUCUUUGUGGAAGUAGACACUUACCCCAGGAGAACCAUUGUCAUUGAGGAUAACAGAUAAGAUGGCGACUGAUUCUCUGACCCGGUCUGAAGAGGUGCUGCAGCUGUCUAGCAUCACUCAGAUUAUGUAGGCAAUGCAUCACUUUGUUGAUGAACUUGUUUGUUUCAAAAGGUUUUUCAACAAAUGCCAAUAAAGUUUUUUAUAGAGUCUA